CAGACCAAGCACUCAUGGCUUCCUUCUUCCUCUUCCUCUGCAUCUCUUCGCUCAUCCUCUGCCCACCUUCGCAGGCUGAUGACGCCAACGCCGUGCACACUCCCUUGGGCACUAUUCAGAGGGAGACGAAGCAGCAGAUCCUCGCCACUGUGCCUCCCAACCCGUCGGGGAACACCGAGCCCUUCCUGACUUCUCCCUUGGGCAAGUACGUCGGCUACCUCCUCCGCCGCGAGACCGCACCGGGCGCCGGCGGCAUGGGCAACGACUUCUGCUACAUCCAGAUCCAGGAGGCAGCCUCCGGAGCCAGCGUGUGGGAGUCGGAGUGCGAGCCGGUGAGCAGCGCGAACGCGUGCAGCCUCGUGUUCUGCGAUGCCGGGCUCGCGUUGUUCGAUGGGAGCAACCCGGUAUGGGACACCGGAGCCAGCGGCCACAACAACUUCCCGGCGACGUUGGAGCUGGUCGACCACGGCGACAUGAGGGUGAUCGACAAGGACGGGGAGUUGGUCUGGAAGGCCAGCGACGACGCGAGAGUGAAUCAACACUGUGGGUUGCCAGGCUCCCCGGGGCUGCCAUCCGGCGCGCCACCGUUUGUCGGGCCAAUUGGUGGAGACGACAACCCUCCAUUCGGCCAGCAGCCGCAGCAGACAACGCCAUACCCAACCAACGGAGCUCUGCCAUUGGCACCGGCGUCGGCGCCGUUGGUCGCACCAGCAAGCGGAGACGAGAAUAGCAACGGAGAUCUGCCGCUGGCACCGGCGUCGGCGCCGUUGGUCGCGCCAGCAAGCGGGGACGAGAAUAGCAACGGAGAUCUGCCGCUGGCACCGGCGUCGGCGCCGUUGGUCGCACCAGCAAGCGGAGACGAGAAUAGCAACGGAGAUCUGCCGCUGGCACCGGCACAUCCGCCAGUUGUUGCACCAACGGGUGGGGCCGACGACCUUGCAGCAGGGGUGCUGCCUUCAACGAAUCCGAUAAACGGAGCAUUCGGCCAGCAGCAGCAGCCACAUGGAUUGCAUGGGGUGACGGAGCAGCCGCUGGUGGACAACACUCCUUACGACAGCGGGAGCUCAGGGAAGGAGGGAUCGGUCGUACUCUUCUUCUCGGCCGUGGUUGGUCACUUGAUGCUUUAUGGUUUCUGAGAGGUGGAGACGUGUGCAUGCAUGCAUGGGGUGGUGAUGGUGUUGUGUCGUACGCUUGAAGUGUCUCCCGCAAUGUAUGUCUGAUGGAUGGUCAUGCUGUUUCUUUCGAUCGCUACUAAUUAAGCAGUAAAUUGUGUUGUAACUGUUGGUAAUUGCUUGCAA